AUGGACGCUGAGUUGCUGCGGAAGCUCGCCCAGCGGUUGCGCAUCGUGGAGGGCAACCGGGCACAGGUCAGCCCUGCGACUCCGAACAAUCAGCCCGCUACAGGCCAGUUCGGCCAGCGCAAGCGCGUUCAGGCCGACUUCGCGAUUCGGGACACUGGGGGCUCAUGA